AUGUUCACUUCGAAAUUAGCUAGACAAUCAUCAUUGUUGGUUAGAUCAUAUGCAACAGCAGCAGGCAAACAACAAUUCAAAUUGUCAACAGAAUCGAUUGCAGAUAGAUUGAAGAAUGUAUCAGAGAAAUAUCCAUAUUAUGAUGCAUUGCUGUUCCCAAAUGAAUCAAACAGUUUGAAGUUCAAUUUUCAAGAGAUGUGGGGAUCGGUCAGUGGUCUUGCCAGUGGUUUCGUUGAAUCCAACCUCAAGUCUCAAGAAGCUGUUUUGACCAACGCACCACAAUCAUCCGAACAUAUCAUCACUCAAAUGGCUGCAUCAACUGCCGGUUUAACUUUUGUCCCAGUUGCUCCAUCAUCAACUUUACCACAAAUUGGAGAAGUUCUUGCUACAUCAUCAACAAAGGCAUUCGUUCUUGCAAAUCAAAAGAGUAGAGAGAUCGUCGACGAAGCAAUCGAAUAUUUCCCAACUUUGGACAGCAUGGGACACGACGAAUAUUUCAAAGACAACAGAUAUCCAUCAUUGAGAUACAUCAUCUCCACUGGUAAUGCUCAAGAGCCAGGUAUCGAUUUAUAUAAGGAAUUUGUACUCCAAGUUAAUCUCCUCAACAAGACUAAAACUUCAGCCAAUCAAAUCUCUACUUUACUUCCAUCCACCGAUGGUAAAUUAAUUGGAUAUACUCAUGGAUCAUUAUUAAAUACUGGAGAUUCAUUGGUUCAAUUGUUGGGAUUGAAAAGACAUGAAAGAGUUUCAUUUGCAGUUCCAUUCCACAGUGGUUCAUCGUAUGCAUUCUAUUUGGGAUGCUUGUCGAAUGCCUCGACUGUCAUUGUUCCAGCCCACAUUUUCUCAGUGGAAACAACCCUCAAUACCAUCACACAGAAUAAAUCAACUGUGCUCUUUGUCACUGGUGAGCAACUCGAUGCCAUCUUGAACUUUGACAAACUCUCUAAAUUCAACACCACCACUUUGAAGACUGUCGUCGUCGCCGGAAGCAACGUCUCUGCCGCCACCUUGAAGUCGGUCCAAGACAAACUCAAGGUCAACAACGUAUUCGGUGUCGAGCUCGUUGAAAACACUCCAGGUCAACUCGCCGGUGUCGUAUUCAAUCAAUCGGGUGCCGGUCAGCUUUUGCCAGGUGUCGAAUCAAAGGUCGACAACGGAGUACUCUUCACCAAGGGAUACCACGUCAAUAGCAACACAAAGGAAUGGCUCAACACUGGAAUCAAAGCUAAAAUCAACCAAGAUGGAACUGUAUCUAGAAAUUAA